AUGCUUCCUUUUGCUUUAUUUUGCAGGUCAGUGCUGACUGUUGCUUGUGAACAAACUGAAGUCCUGCUUUUUGAUCCAAUAUCUUCAAAACAUAUUAAAACUCUCUCUGAAGCUCAUGAAGACUGUGUAAAUAACAUCAGGUUUCUAGAUAAUCGACUGUUUGCAACUUGUUCUGAUGACACUACAAUAGCACUUUGGGAUUUAAGAAAGCUGAAUACAAAAGUAUGCACUUUACAUGGUCACACCAGCUGGGUUAAGAACAUUGAGUAUGAUACCAAUACAAGACUGCUAGUAACAUCAGGAUUUGAUGGAAAUGUGAUCAUCUGGGACACAAACAGGUGCACAGAAGAUGGGUGUCCUCACAAGAAGUUUUUUCACACCCGUUUUCUUAUGAGAAUGAGGCUGACACCAGACUGUUCCAAGAUGCUGAUCUCUACUUCCUCUGGAUAUCUUCUGAUUUUGCAUGAUCUUGAUUUGAAUAAAUCUUUAGAGGUUGGCAGCUACCCAAUUUUAAGAGCUAGGAGAACUACAUCCAGUUCAGAUACAACAUCUACGAGUUCAUCGGGUUCUCGAGCUGCGAGUUCACCGUGUCAGCAGAACGAUUCAGGUCUGUUGUUUGAGAAACACAUGUCACGGCCAUCACAGCGAGAAGGUGGAUCACCUAGAAAUAGUCUAGAGGUUUUAACACCAGAAGUUCCUGGAGAAAGAGACCGUGGGAACUGCAUUACAUCGCUUCAGCUCCAUCCAAAAGGGUGGGCCACGCUUCUGCGGUGUUCAAGUAAUACAGAUGACCAGGAGUGGACCUGUGUCUAUGAAUUCCAGGAAGGAGCCCCCGUGCGUCCUGUCUCUCCUCGUUGUUCUCUGCGAUUAACUCACUGCAUUGAAGAAGCCAAUGUGGGCCGGGGAUACAUCAAAGAACUCUGUUUCAGCCCUGAUGGUCGGAUGAUUUCAUCCCCACACGGCUACGGGAUCCGCCUGCUGGGAUUCGACGCGCAGUGCAGUGAACUCGUUGACUGUUUGCCCAAAGAAGCUAGUCCCUUACAGGAGAUCCGUUCCCUCUACUCGCACAAUGAUGUGGUACUGACAACAAAGUUUUCUCCAACGCACUGUCAGAUUGCCUCGGGGUGCCUUAGUGGACGUGUUUCUUUGUACCAGCCAAAGUUCUAGGGACAUCCAUUCAUCAACAGGAACUCCAGUUGUUUGUGUUAAUUACUUCAGUUUAGUUGAAGUGUGUUCUUGAAAUCGUAUAAAUUCAGAUAAGAUCAUAGUUACUAUGGUCGGUGAACAUAGCAGUGAAGC